GUGCAUGUAUAUAUUUCCACAUACUUCGUGAAAACACACCGAAUAAAUGCAGAGGAUAUUAUUUUUUUGGUUUGCAUUUUUGUAUACACUUGUUUAAAUUUAGUACCAAAGGAUUUAUUGAAGGAAAAUGAAGGAAAAUAAUACAGUUCAGUCAUGGAAAUGAGUAAAUGCUAACGGAGUGUAUAUAGUAACCUGCAUUACGAGUUCGUCAACGAGAGUUUGAAGAACAUGAAAGUGAUAAUAAGAACGUUGUAAUAUAAAGUUGUAUUUUUUAUCCAUAUUCUAUCAAACGAGACAAUAAUGAGCAUUGUAAAAAAUAAUUGCGAGAUCGGUAAUGGACUGGACGAUCUUGGGAUACCCGGACAAAGUUUCUUAAGAGAUGCUUUGACAAGUUGUACAGACCCAUUGAAAGCAAUCGAAGAGUUUCAAUUAGAAAAUGGUAUUUUAUUGCCAUCGUUAAGGCCUAUGCUACCUCUGCUCGAUCUCCACGGAGUGAAGAGAUUAGACUUCCACGCGUCGGUUCUCGAAGAAUUAAGAGAGAAAUUGAUAAAGAGGAUCAACGAGAUCGGUGCAGAAAGAGCAGACAAAGGAGCAACAGGGGACAGGAGGUUGAAAGAAUUAUUGUCUAAAAGCUUCCCCGCUAUAAGAGUUGCAGCACUGAGGCCAGUUGUUAUGUGUAUCCUGAGAAACACACCCCAUAUAGAAGAUAAAUAUUUAAAAGUACUUGUUAAGGAAAAAGAGCUGUACAAUGAUGCAGACACUGAAGUCAAACGACAAAUUUGGAAAGAUAAUCAAAGUCUGUUUGGAGAUGAAGUUUCCCCACUAUUUAGCAGAUAUAUUAUCGAGAAGGAACAAAUAUUGUUUGACCAUAGGAAUUUAAAUAGUCUCUUUUUUAUGCCUUCUCCGAAGGUGAGGAGACAAGGAGAGGUUGUACAGAAAUUAGCUCAUAUGAUUGGACAUAGUGUAAAGUUAUACGAUAUGGUAUUGCAAUUUUUGAGAACCUUAUUUUUACGUACGAAGAAUAUUCAUUAUUGCACGUUAAGAGCAGAAUUAUUGAUGGCCUUACAUGAUUUAGAAGUACAAGAUAUCAUUUCUGUUGACCCAUGCCACAAAUUCACUUGGUGCCUUGAUGCUUGUAUUAGAGAGAAAAGUGUCGAUAUUAAAAGGUCCCGUGAAUUGCAAGGUUUCUUGGAUAGUAUCAAGAGAGGGCAGGAACAAGUAUUGGGUGAUCUAAGCAUGAUAUUGUGCGAUCCGUAUGCUGUUAAUUUUCUUGCCAGCAGCGCAAUAAAAAUUGCGCUUCAUUUGAUAAACGGCGAAGCACUGCCCAGGGAGAACGCAGUUCUCGUACUAUUACUCAGGAUGCUGGCAUUAGGCUUGUCUGCUUGGCAGAUGAUCGAUUCGCAGGAUUUUAAAGAACCGAAACUGGAUAGUCAAGUAGUGACGAAGUUUUUACCUGCACUUAUGUCUUUAAUGGUAGACGAUCAAAUAAGGCAAUUGAAUUGCAAGCUUCCGCCCGAUGAAAGGGAAAGUGCGAUUGCUAUAAUAGAACAUUCCGGUCCACCUCCGGACGCUUGCCAAGCGUAUGCACAACUUUCGGGAGUCGCUGCAGUUUUAUCUAUGUAUUAUGCGUUGCAUGUAGGAGGUGGUGGCGGAGGAGGAAGAGGAAGAGGCGACGCUCGAGGUUUAAUGAGAGUACUGGCUACUUUACCAAACUGCCAAGCACAACGUGCGUUCGAGGAUCCUUUUCUGCAUACACUGGUGUCCUUAUUAAUAUUAAAUAUGGCUGAUGAAUUUUGUAACGAAUCAUUCUGUACCGUUAUAUUCGACGAGUUUUUCCUCGCCGGUCUAGGCAGGGAUAAUGUCACACGACAUUUACUAAAAUUACUUUGGUACAUACAUCCGAAAUUGCCACCGACUCGGCUACACGCGCUAAUGAAGGCACUUCAGCCAACUAGUCAGCAUAACGAAGCAGUGCAUAAUCUGUACGAGGCUUUACGUGAUAAAAUCGGAAAUAGUUCGGUGGAGGAUCAACUAGCAACCGCGGCUCAAAUGGAUACGUUGGGGCUUGACUGUCCACCUUCUCCUCUUACUGGAGUAUCUACACCAACUUUGUAGAUUCAUUGUUAAAAAGAAUAAUAAUGCAAUAUUUUGUAUUUA